UCCGCGAAACAUGCAAAUUUCUUGCCAGGCGUGUGGAUUGUUGGUAGAAGACGAGAAAAUGCUUGGCUUAGUUGUGUUCGUAUCGGAAGUUGUUUAUUUUGCCUGUUGCAAACUUGGCAUUUGUGCAUGUUCCGACGAAAAGACAGGGGUUUCGAGCAAACUUCUUACUGAGAAGAAUCGAGAAGAAUCGGCUGAAUUAUCAUCGGACCAAGCCAGACCCUGUUCGGUAUGGGAAGUUACGCGUUUUGGUAAGAAAAGAAAGACCAGCAUAAACGAAAAUGACUCUUUAUUGGAAAGAGCCGGCCAGGAAAUAAUAGCGAUGAAACGUUGUUUACGAGAUAUUUCGAAACAACACGAAGAAAUGGAAAAUAUAUUAAAAGAGGGCGAUAGCAAAUUGGUAACAAUGCGUCAACAACUGGUUGUUUUGCAUCGUCGGAAUGCGUUAGCUGAUACGGCAUCGAAAAGCUGAAAAAAUGCUUUUAUACAAUAUAUUCUUGGAUCGAAAAGCCUUCGGCGUGCUGUUCGAAAUGUAAAGCCUAUGGAAAUAGUUUAAAUUCGGUAUUAUAAUAUUUUAAAAAUCUGCGAAAACAUUAAAAUUGAAAAUUCUGGAUGGCAAUGUAUGGAAAGUUAAUGUAAUAUUUUAACAAUAAUUUU